AUGUUCCCAACGUCAGCAAAACGGCAAGCCCAAGCCCAAGCCAAAGCCGAAGCCGAAGCAUCGCCAACUCCAAGACCCAUUAGAAAGAGGCGAGAAAAAGGCCUCUUCGAGGACGGUGUGUGGAAAUGCAACUGUGAUCCACGCAAAGAAGCCGUGGACCUACAAGUUGCCAAAAAGGGCCCCAACAAGGGUCGCUGGUUCUGGACCUGCGCCCACCCCAAAGACCAUCCCGACAAAUGCAACUUCUUCAUGUGGGACAGCGAUGCGGAAGCGCACGCACAAAUCGCGAACCCGCCGCCUCUCUCGCCGAUGCCGGUGCCAGCAGCACCGCGAACACCCUCAAAGCCUAGGCCCACCCCGACUAAACGCCAGCAACCAACGCCAUCCACCGCCACGCCCAACACUCGCAAGCGCUCCCGCGACACCCUCGGACCCUUCUUCAGCGCCAGGCGCACCCCCUCCCUCCAGCGGGUAUCGGGAUGGCUCCUGCGCGACAACUUCCAGGCCCCCUUCCAGGGAGAGGAAGAGGAAGAGGUGGAGGAGGAUGAUGACGAUGAGGCAUUCGCGACUGCGCCGCUUUCCCCGAGCCGGAACGUGUCGCCGACGAAAGCGCGCCGCACUCCCUUCCAGACUUCGCCCUCAAAGGCCGCGUCGGGGAAGUACCCUCCGCUCGGCACCAGCUUUGUCAGCGACGCGGACACGGUGCCGGACGAUGACAUAUUCGUGUGCCCGCGCACGGUGCCGCGCGGUCGGCGCUCGGGCAUCUUCGAUCCGUCCACCACGGGCCUGUCGCCGCAGAAAUUGGCGCUGCCCCUGGUCCAGGAGGUCCUCGAGCUGCUGGGGAACGACGAGGAAACUGUGGUCCGGGAAUCGACGUUGUCGGACUUGGCGGAUGUCCUCGCUGUGCACGUGAAGCGGUACGAUGGCGUUGUCCUGGGAAGGGAUGCGACGAGGAAGGUGGUGCUCGAGAAGGAUGCGGAAAUUGAGGAUUUGAAGGAGGUGGCGAGAAAGGUGGUGGACGAGAAGGAUGCCGAAAUCGAGGGUUUGAAGGAGAAGAUUAGCAUGCUCCAGGAGGAGAAAGCUCUGGCGGAAUGGGCGUUGGAGCAGGCUGAGAAGCAGGCUGAGAAGCAAAGCUCCGUUACGACCGUGGGAUCGGGUUUUGGGCUGGGGAAUCUGAAUGUUCAGUCGACUCAGAGUUCGCAAGUUAGGUCUACGCAGGGUUCUACCUUAUUCCCGUAG